AUGAGAACGGAACGGAUGAAUUCUAAGGGCUCAUGGCCAAAGCUGGUCGUCAGAAAAUUGUUGAACAUAAGGAGCGGUGCCGAUGAAUUUCAUUCGGACUGCGCGGUAACUGGUAUGAUGGAUAAAGUUGAACGGAGAAGGAAGAGUUGUUCAGAUCAAGGCUCCCACGUCGUUGUACCGGAGGAUUUUGCUGAGGGUUGCUUACUCGAAGCACGUAAUGGAAUCGAAAGCCCAACACUUGAACUGGAUGGAGCCGCAGCGUCAGAUAGCCGCGACCUUAGCAUCUACUUGAUGUUUAAGCACCAUUUUGUGGUGGAUCUACACCAUAAUAGGAUGUUCGUGGCGACGUGGAAUGUAGGUGGCAAGUCACCGCAUGAGGGAUUGACUUUGGGCGAUUGGUUGAGAACAUCUACACCGGCUGACAUCUAUGUGCUUGGCUUUCAGGAGAUCAAAACAUGUCACCGAGGAUAUCAAGUGCCUCUUAAUGCCGGUAACGUACUGGGUGCGGAGGACAGCGGUCCAUCUGCCAAAUGGCUUUCUCUGAUUCGCCAAGCUCUCAAUGGAAUUCACCAUUCAGCCACUGAUGAUUCCCCGCCGGAAGAUUUAACUUUACCCGCCUCACAAUCCCCACUUGACGGGCGACAAUUUGCUGUAAAACCAGGGGUCAACUUCUCGGAUAUGCUCUCACCGGAAAAUGGAAUAGACCAGCAAGAAGGGUUGGAAAGAUACUUGAGUUUGAAUGAUCCAAAUAAUUCAUUUGCAAGUGAAGAAGCUUCAGCAGCCAGUCCGUCCGCCGUGUCAACAGGGCCCAGUAGUCCGAAUGGGAUUAAAUACUGCUUGGCGGCCAGCAAGCAGAUGGUAGGAAUAUUUUUAUGCGUGUGGGUACGUUCAGAUUUGCGCAAGCACAUUUCCAGUUUGAAGGUUUCCUGCGUCGGGAGAGGCAUCAUGGGAUACCUUGGAAAUAAGGGAUCAAUAUCAAUGAGUAUGAUAUUGCAUCGGGCGAGUUUCUGCUUCGUUUGUACUCACUUGGCCUCUGGAGAGAAAGAGGGUGACGAGAUAAAAAGGAAUUCGGACGUGAUAGAGAUUUUGAGGAAGACAAGGUUCUCUCACCCCUGCGGAAUACCGGGAAAACCAGUUCCACCGGAUGGAAUUUUGAAUCAUGAAAAGAUAAUAUGGCUUGGGGAUUUAAAUUAUCGACUUACACCUAAUGGUGGAGACGCAAUUGAGCUACUCAAAAAGAAUGACUGGCAAGCACUCCUAGAGAAGGAUCAGUUAAGAAUUGAACAAAGGGCUGGUCGUGUUUUCAUUGGUUGGGAAGAAGGCAAGAUUUACUUUGCACCAACAUACAAGUACCUCAAAGAUUCUGACACCUACGUUCUUCAAACCUCCACGUCUAAAGAGAAGCGGCGCACUCCUGCUUGGUGUGACAGGAUAUUGUGGAAGGGGGAGGGACUAAAGCAAUUGUGGUAUGCAAGGGGGGAAUCAAAAUUUUCUGAUCACAGGCCAGUUAAUUCACUUUUCUCAGUGCAAGUAAAUGUAUCCCAAACUGACAAGGCUGCUCCACCCGUCAGUUCCAACGCCACCGUGCCUCAAGCAGAAGCAGCAGCGCAACCCACAGUUCUAUCAUCAUCAACUUGUGCUGCAGUUGCCAAGGUUCAAGCUGAAGAGCUAUUGUUCUUGACCAGGGCAGAGAAAUGCAUCCAGAGCACUCCUAUGUUGUUUUCAAUCAACCAAUAGCCGGAGAGAGAAUCGAGACGACAUUCAAAGUUGGAAAAUGUGCACAAUUUGGGGCUCUGAUUAUUCAUUACUGGCUUAAGCCGACUUGUUUGCUUCUCGAUUGCAUGGUGCUGCGUCAGUCAGUCCUUCGAAGCACUACGUGACAAAAUCACACGCUGGUCAGAGGCGGGGUUAGUGGGCUUUUGACACGUUUAAAGAUGCGAAACUUUUUUGCGGGCGAUGGCGGGCAUCUGAAGUUCACGAUGAAUUGGUACAGGAUGGCUUUCUGCAGUAUAUAUGCAUAUAGAACAGCAGGGAGCACGAGACGCAGUAAGUGCCUGAAUUUGUCUGGGCACUGUUGGCCAUGCGGCUUUAUUAUACCUUGUUCUUCUUCUGGCAGUUUAAUCGAGGUAUAUGGUCCAGCCUUUGCAGAAGCACGUUUUUAUUUCAAGAUUUUUGUAGCAGUUUGGGAAAGAUGGGGGAAAUUUUUGGUGGUGACUGAUUGAAGCGAAGCUGUAAAUGAGAAGGUGAAGAAAUUUUUUUUUUUGAAGGGAAGAAGGCGGCUGAUUUCUGUCAAGGAACUGAUAAGCGGAAAGGGAGUUCCGACACCCGAGAGGUUGAUUUUUGGGUCAAUGAUGUUUUUGAUUUUUGUCCCUUAAUAGCCUCUUGUCAAAUUUGUUAGUUCGUUUUUUUUUUUUUUGGAAAAGAAUUUUGUUAAAUAGUUUUA